AUGACUGCUGCACUUAGAAUGCUCGCUUAUGGAGUAGCAGCUGAUUUUAUGGAUGAAUAUGUAAGGAUUGGAGAAUGCACCGUAAUGAAAAAAGCAGUAGCAUCAUAUGAUCUUUGGAUAUGGCAUGCAUUUUUUGGGUUACCGGGGUCUCAUAAUGGCAUCAACGUGCUAGAACGAUCUUCUGUAUUUACCAAGCUUGCUGAAAGGUAUACUCCUUCUGUCAAUUACUCAAUCAAUGGUAAUGAUUAUACAAUGGGAUACUAUCUAGCAAAUGGUAUAUACCCGCAAUGGUCAACAUUUGUCAAAACAAUUUCAUCUCCGCAAGGAAAUAAGAGAAAGUAUUUUGCUGCAGCUCAAGAGUCGGCAAGGAAAGAUGUAGAACGUGCUUUUGGAGUUCUUUAA